GAUAUUUCCCAGCCACCUGCUGCAAUCGCGCAUUCCACAGCCGUCGUGCUGGUAGAGACAUGUCGACGCGAGUGGCGGUGGUGAGCGGAGCCAACAAGGGCAUCGGGCUGGAGGUGGUGCGGGCUCUGUGCCGACAGUUUGACGGGGACGUGUACCUGACAGCCCGGGACGUGGGCCGCGGGCAGCAGGCGGUGGAGAAGCUGCGGCAGGAGCAGCUGAAGCCGCUCUUCCAUCAGCUGGACAUCGACAACCUGCCGAGCAUCCGAAAGCUGCGCGCGUUUAUGCUCGAGAAGUACGGGGGCAUCGACGUCCUGAUUAACAACGCUGGCAUCGCUUUUAAAGUGGCAGAUCCAACCCCGUUCGGCACCCAAGCUGAAGUGACGAUGGCCACCAAUUUCUUCGCCAGCCGGGAUAUGUGCACUGAGCUUCUCCCAAUCAUCAAACCUCACGGAAGAGUGGUGAAUGUAUCCAGCAUGUCCGGUGCCAGAGCUCUGAAGAACUGCAGCCCGGAACUGCAGGUGAAAUUCCGCAGCACCACCAUCACGGAGGAAGAAUUGGUGGAGCUGAUGAGGAAGUUUGUUGAGGAUGCUAAAAAAGAGGUGCACACCCAGCAGGGCUGGCCCUCCCAUGCCUAUGGGGUUACAAAGUUGGGGCUUACUGUCCUCUCCAAGAUCCUUGCCCGGAGGUUGAGUAAGGAGAGAGCAGCAGACAAGAUCCUCUUGAAUGCCUGCUGCCCUGGUUGGGUGAAAACCGAUAUGGCUGGUCCUAAUGCACCCGGCACAGCCGAAGAGGGGGCUGUGACCCCCGUUUAUUUAGCCCUUCUACCAGAAGGUGCAGAAGGCCCACACGGAGAGGAGAGUGGUGAAUGUAUCCAGCAUGUGCGGUGCCAGAGCUCUGAAGAACUGCAGCCCGGAACUGCAGGUGAAAUUCCGCAGCACCACCAUCACGGAGGAAGAAUUGGUGGAGCUGAUGAGGAAGUUUGUUGAGGAUGCUAAAAAAGAGGUGCACACCCAGCAGGGCUGGCCCUCCCAUGCCUAUGGGGUUACAAAGCUGGGGCUUACUGUCCUCUCCAAGAUCCUUGCCCGGAGGUUGAGUAAGGAGAGAGCAGCAGACAAGAUCCUCUUGAAUGC